AUGAAGAUACCACGUCUUAAGGCAUUAGUUUUGGCCGAUGGCACAAGCAAAAAGAAGAGUGCUAUCAGCAAAGUCAAUAUGGGUUUACAGAUGUUUCAGUUGCAUAAUAAGGUAAUUGAUAAAAUUGAAGCAUCACCAUGGCAAAUACGUGAAACGAAUGCUCGGCUUGGCAUCGGUUUGGCUGUUUUAUUUUUCUAUUUAUUAAUUGGAGCAGUUGUUUUUGUACAAAUCGAAGGCCCAGCCGAGAAAAGCGAUUUGGAAACAUACGAAGAAUUCAGAUCGCACUGGGAUAGGGUACUGCAGGAAGCUGGAUUUGAAGAAUCUGAUGUGGAUCGUCUUUUUGCUGAUAUUCGUGCAAUGGCGCUUAAAGGUAUUUGGACAGAAAGAAAUAUAACAUCAGAGCUGAACUGGAGCUUUGGACAAGCGUUCUUUUUUGCUGGCGCUUUGAUCAGCACGGUCGGUAAGCGGUAUUUUUCUUCGAGUGCUCUAAAUGUAAAUCAACUCCAACACUGGUGA